AACCUGUGGGUGGGCUUUGUUGUUUGCACAUCAACAACCUCUGGCGUAGCUGAGCUCAUUGCACCUGGAGUCGAUCCAUUUGGCACGUCUGCCUUCCGCAUGAGCUCGCAAGUCUCUACGUCUCGUGGUUUACAACCCCCGGGGAACAUCAUGACAUUCGAGUCCCCUCACAGAUGGCCAGUAUCAGCACCUACGGGCCAGGCAGACGCGGGUAGCAACGAUGACCAGGAGGUUCGGCUGCUGUCGGUUUCUUGGAACCAGGACUGCGGUUGCUUCGCUGCUGGCACCAGCAACGGGUUCAGGAUCUUUAACUGCGACCCUUUUAAGGAGACCUUCAGGCGAGAUCUCAAGAGCGGUGGGUUUGGGAUUGUUGAGAUGCUGUUCCGCUGCAACAUCCUUGCUCUUGUAGGUGGCGGCUCCAAUGUGGCGUAUCCGUCCAACAAGGUGAUGAUCUGGGAUGAUCACAAGAGCCGCUGUAUUGGGGAGUUUGCCUUCCGUGCUGAUGUCCGGGCUGUAAAACUGGGCAAGGACAACAUUGUGAUUGUCCUUGAGACAAAGAUAUAUGUGUACAAGCUCUCGGAUUUGAAGAUGCUCCAUCAGAUUGAUACCCAGCCAAAUCCUAGAGGACUCUGCUGCCUCUCUCAUCAUUCUAACACUUCAGUGUUGGCCUGCCCUGGGCUGCGUCAGGGGCAUGUUCGGGUAGAGCAUUUUGGGCUGAAUUUGACAAAGAUGAUCGCAGCUCAUGAUUCACACAUUGCUUGCAUGGCUUUGACUAUGGAUGGUCUCUUACUGGCAACGGCAAGUAUGAAGGGUACUCUGAUCAGAAUAUUCAACACAAUGGAUGGCAGUCUCCUGCAAGAGGUGCGAAGAGGCCUUGAUAAGGCAGAGAUAUACAGCAUUGCAUUAUCGCCCAAUGUGCAGUGGUUGGCAGUGUCCAGUGACAAAGGAACGGUUCACAUUUUCAGUCUAAAAGUCAGGGUCGCAGGUGAAGAUUCAAGUCAUGACGUACGUACUCUUGAAGCUCCACGGAUGGAUCACCAGAACUCUUCUACCUCUAUGGAUCCUCUUAUACAAACAAACACUGGAUCCAAUGCAAGCUCAUCAUUGUCUUUCAUGAAAGGUAUUCUGCCGAGGUAUUUCAGCUCAGAGUGGUCAUUUGCUCAGUUCCAUUUACCCGAAGUCACACGUUACAUUGUAGCUUUUGGCGCUCAGAACAGUGUAAUGAUGGUUGGCUUGGAUGGCAGCUUCUACAGGUGCAUCUUUGACCAAGUGAACGGUGGGCAGAUGUCGCAGAAGGAGUACUCCCGGUUUCUGAAGGCCGACUACGCCCCCUUGAGGACACUGACUGCCUGAACCGCAUGAUUCCUGUCCAUCACAUCGCCUUUACGACAUGUACAUAGAAGUUGUGCCUGGUCCGUUGUACAUAUAUUUCUUUUGCUGCUGGGCGCGUUGGGUAUCCGUCCGCAACCUGCCUCACUUCCUGUUUUGCACCAUCCAAAUUGUAUUGGCAAUUCUCAAGGUUGUCCACUGAUAUAUUUGUAACAAACAGCUCAAGAAGGAAAUGCAGAUAUGACCUUGGCUGCAAAAAGUUGUAACAGUUCUCAUUCUGAGUGCUACCUUGGCGUGCAAUGCACUGAUGCCACUUUGGAUCCUGCCAUUUUCCAAGUAAAGUUGUAGAUGGUAUAUAUGUACAUGGAAUACUUAUUUCUAGUAUGGGCAACCAUGUUAGGUGUGGUUCUUGUGCUUGGCCUGUCUUGUUAAAGUAUAGUGCAUAUAAACUUUUCGUGAAAACAACAUCUAACCA